CAACUACCAUGAACAAAUGGAUCCAUAUAGCUAAUAUGAACAUAUGUUUUUGAAUAUAGCUACACAACAAACAUCUAAAAAUCAAUGUAAAAUCAAGAAAUACUCACAAUGCAGUGGUUUCUGGUCCAAACGCGCCGAUUUCCGCUCGGAAAACGCCGAAUACCGCUCGGGAUUAGAGGAUACCGCUCGGGAUUACCGGUCCGAAAGUUUUUUUAUUUUUUUGAGUGCCCAAACAGUCAAAUAUUUGAACAUGUUCUAUAUUAAAAUGAUGUAUGUCAUCUCUACUUUCUUACCAUAUUUUUUCCUUUUUUAUUUCAAAUAUUUUUGAAAAUGUUAAAUUUAGGCGAAAUUUUCGAAAUUUACCGCCGGUAUGGGUUGCCGCCUAGUAGCGGUAUCGGUAAAAAUCGGCGGUAACCGGCGGUUACCGAUCGGUAAGGAAAACACUGCUCUCGAUCCGACGGGGCCAGAGCUAGGGUUCGCCACUGCCCCUAUAGAUCGAGAGGAGCAAUUCGCCGCGUGUUCUCAAUCCAAUCCAUCGGCAGCCAGGUUUGCGAGAUCUUGCUCGAAAUCGCGGCAGGCUUCAUCUAGGCUUUCCGGCGCGAAGGAUCGGCCAUGGCGUCGACGGAAGGCGGGCAGGGUUCGCUGGCGCAGGGCGCCACCAAGAGCGCCGCGGUGGCGGGGCUGCAGGACCCGGCGACGAGGCACCCCACGACGAGGAGCGCGAAGAAGGCGGCGGCGGCGGCCACCGGGCCGCACGGCGCGUCGAGGGGGUGCUCCGCGAAGAGGAAGGCGGCGAGGGACCUGGCGUCCGGCCGGAUGCCGCGUUCGCGCGCCACCGGGAAGAAGGCCGAAGAGGCGGCGCCGGUGGGAGAACAGUGGAAGCGGCUGUCGAAGGGGGAUAUCCGCUGGAUCCUGCGCCGGAAGCCGCUGGCGCCCCCCGACCGGUUCGUGGCCCUGAAGCAGAGCAACCCGGAGCUGGUCCCGCUGCCCGAUGAGGAGGUCGACGAGGACAAGAGGCGGCUCUAUCGCCUGGCGAAGGGGUUCUACGAGAUGGAGGAGAUGUUCCCCAGGCUGCAGGAGUGGGUGCGCGCCGAGCUGAACAGGAAGGGGUACGUCGAGCUCGACGACGAGAGCGCCAAGCGCAGGGCCGAGGCGCAGGCGGUGGUCGACCGGGAGUGGCCGGCGAUCGAGGCCAGGAUUAAGGCCCUCGUCGUCUCGGAGAAAGAUUACCGGGGCGGUGAAGGUGGCGACGAGAUCGGCUCUGAUGACAGUGAUGACAGCGGCUCUGAUGAGGAUCAUAGUCUGUCUUAUGAAAUGAGGUUCUCUAGACUGUUACGACGAUGACAGCGGCAGAGACUACUCUGAUGAGGAUGAGGAAGAGUAGGGGUGCCGGGUAUUUUGGUUUUUGCUGCUCAAUCUGAGCGCCUCCGACAAGUGCCCCUAAAUUUGUAUCCUUUUUUUUUCUGGUGAUGGAAAACCUGAAUUGCGUAUGAA